CCGGCCGGACGGCCGCCCCCUGAAACCCGGUUAGGGUUAGUGUUUGAUCAAUUGAACCUACGAGCUGGAGCCUCCGCCGAUCGCGGAGCUCUUCUCUUCGAUCAUGGGGGACGAGCACGCAGAGAAGCCCCAGGUCCCCGAGGGAGGCGGGCUUGUGGCCGAGGAGGUUCCGUCCGAGAGCGGAAGCGGCACUGAGAAAAGGGGACGGGAAGAGGACGACGAGGAGGACUGUGGUUUGAAGAGACAGAAGGUGGAGGGGUCUUGGGAAGAAGAAAAGACGGAUGGAGUUGACGGAAAGAGGGAAGGUGGAGGCGAUCUGGAGGUGGGCGGGUGUGGGGAUGGGAGGGAAUCGGAGGCAGCGAAUGUCGGGCCGAAGGGAUUUAAGUCGUCCGUGGAGAUGUUUGAGUACUUCUUGAAACUUCUCCGUUCCUGGUCGCCCGAUCUGGAUAUCAACAAGUAUGAGCACAUGGUACUGCUGGACUUGUUGAAGAAGGGGCAUCCUGAACCUGCUAAGAAGAUUGGAGCAUGAAUUGAGGCAUUCCAGGAUCUAGUGGUGUUUGAGAGCUAUAGCAGUAUCAGAUUAAUGUGCAGUCUCCAAUGAAUGUACAUAUCAGAUGCCGUUGGGGUAGCUGACUUAGUUGGGCGGCAGGCUGUAGCUCAUGAUGAUGCCUAUGCCUAUCUUGGUUAGCACCUCCGGCAGUGGCUUCUCUCGUAAGAUCGUCGGAGCGACCAUUUUGUCCACCGGUGGUGGUGGUGUGGGUGUGUAAUGUCUGUUGCGUUGCUUUGCUUACUUUCAUUGCUCUUUGUAUGGGAUAUGAAAGAAAUGAUCCUUGAUCUACAACAAACUGGACAUUGAUUUUUUGAGAAUCAAAUCUUCAAAAAAAAUGAAGGUGUAUCCUUCACAAACAUCA